AUGGAAAGUGUUAUGACAAAAAAAGUGAAGCUUCUUGUGGCAUUAAUGUCCCUUCAGUUUUGUUUUGCAGGAUACCACAUUGUCUCUAGACUUGCAUUUAAUAUUGGUGUCAGUAAAGUUGUUUACCCUGUUUAUCGAAAUAUAAUUGCCCUUCUUUUGUUGAGUCCACUUGCUUGUUUCUUAGAGAAGAACGAAAGACCACCUCUUACUUUUUCUUUGCUGUUUCAGUUUUUCCUAUUAGCAUUGCUAAGCAUCACUGCAAACCAAGGGUUUUACUUGUUGGGAUUAUAUUAUGCUUCUCCAACUUUAGCUUCUGCAAUGCAGAACUCAGUUCCUGCAAUCACUUUUGUCAUGGCCUCAGCUCUAGGACUUGAGGAAGUCAACAUUGCAAGAAUAGAUGGAUUGGCAAAAAUUCUAGGAACCAUUGCAAGUGUUGGAGGUGCAACUGUGAUCACUCUAUACAAAGGCCCUCCUCUUCUCCACCUGCAGACACCUCAGAUGCAAGAAGAUAGCUACAUACAUCAGUCAUCAACCAAAGUUCAGAAUUGGACAUGGGUUGGUUGGGGUUGCGUAUACUUACUUGGACAUUGUUUAUCUUGGGCUGCUUGGAUGGUUUUUCAGGAUUAUCGGCGCAAUACUGAUCAUGGUUGGCCUCUACUUAGUCCUAUGGGGGAAGAGCAAGAGCAAAGAGAAAAAUGCGACCAAUGCAAAAAAGUCAUUACUAACAGAAGCCUUGCUCAACGAUGAGGAAGAGAAUAAACAUGCUGAUGCAGCACCUAAAGGCAUACCUUGACAUCUCGAUCCAUUGACAUUGACAAAUACAUGCAAUCAUGCAUACCAUGGCAUCUAGUUUCUGGUGUAGUAUCAGCACAACACAGCCACUGAAGUAGUCCAGCUCUUUGCAGCAUUGCAACUUGUGCAAGAAUCAGCUAUU